AACACGGGCUCUUGUUCUACUUCGUUCUCUGUCGCAGCCUCGCGGGUCGAGUGGGUGUUCAUUGUCCGGCAGCGCGUGUAUCUGAAGAAGUGUGAACCAUGAGGGGAGAAAGAGGCCGCGGUCGUGGACGCUUUGGAUCCAGGGUCGGCCCUGGUGCAGGGUUCAGACCUUUCGUCCCACACAUUCCUUUUGACUUCCACGUGUGUGAGAUGGCCUUUCCCCGAGUGAAGCCCGCCCCUGACGAGACCACCUUCAGUGAAGCCCUGCUGAAACGAAACCAAGACCUUGCCCCCACCCCCAGCGAGCAGGCUUCCAUCUUGUCCCUGGUAACAAAAAUAAACAACGUCAUCGACAACCUGAUCGUGGCCCCAGGAAACUUUGAAGUGCAAAUUGAAGAGGUGCGGCAGGUGGGCUCCUACAAGAAGGGCACGAUGACCAACGGGCACAACGUGGCGGACCUCGUCGUCAUCCUGAAGAUCCUCCCCACAUUGGAAGCCGUGGCUGCUCUAGGAAUGAAAGUUGUGGAAACCCUCAGGACACAAGACCCAGCUGAAGUACUCACCAUGCUCACCAACGACACCGGCUUUGAGAUCAGCUCCGCAGACGCCACCGUGAAGAUCCUAAUCACAACUGUCCCCCCAAAUCUGCGCAAGCUGGACGCAGAGCUGCACUUGGACAUCAAGGUCCUCCAGAGCGCCCUGGCCGCCAUUAGACAUGCCCGCUGGUUCGAGGAGAACGCGUCUCACUCCACAGUUAAGGUUUUGAUCCGCCUUCUGAAAGAUCUGAUGGGUCGCUUCCCCGGGUUUGAGCCGAUGACCCCGUGGAUCCUGGACUUGCUGGCCCAUUACUCCGUCAUGAACAACCCAUCCCGCCAGCCGCUGGCACUCAACAUAGCCUACAGGCGCUGCCUCCAGAUCCUCGCUGCCGGCCUCUUCCUUCCCGGCUCUGUGGGUAUUACAGACCCUUGUGAGAGUGGAAACUUCCGGGUCCACACGGUGAUGACCCUGGAACAACAGGACAUGGUGUGUUACACAGCUCAGACCCUGAUCCGCAUCUUAUCCCACGGCGGAUACCGCAAGAUCCUCGGCCUGGAGGGCGACGCAAGUGCCCUCGCCUCAGAGAUGUCCACCUGGGAUGGCGUCAUUGUGACCCCCUCAGAGAAGGCCUAUGAGAGACCCCCGGAGAGGAAGGAGGGUGAGGAUGGAGAGGGCCCUGAUAUUCCUGAGGGAGCGGAGGAAGAGGAGAACAUGGAGACCCAGGAGUGACCUGGACAGAUCUUGGUUUUUCUUGCCCCUCGGCCCAGACUUGUGGUUCUCCGCCCGGACCAAGCCCCCGGCUCCGCCAUCUUUGUUGUGAUGUGACCUUUAUUUUAUACUGUAGAGAAUUUCAUUUCAUGUCCACAAUAAAUUUUUAUUAUGUUUGUUGGUUAA